AUGUGGCACAACUCUCAUUAUUUUGAUCAACAUCAAUGGAAUUCAGCAAAAACGUAUGAAAAGUAUAAUGUGUAUAAAUUGUAUAGAAAUAAAUCUGAAUUGGCUCGAUUGACAAAUAAUUCAAAAAGAACCU